CCUUUUUUAAUUUGAUUCUAAUCAUUCAGACGAAGGUUCGAAUACCUGAGAUCGUUAUCUGAGACUAAUAUUGUCACGUUUGAAAUCACCUACACAUCAACAAUCAUGAGCAGAUCACACUCUAUUGUGUAAAGCAUCUAACUUUCAAAUUGAUAAUUUUAGAGUAAUCAAUAAAAAGAACUUCAAUAUAAAUAUUCAAAAUAGUGUUUCUUGCUCGAAAGAAGUUCAGAAAACUAAAUCCACCAAAGAACAUUUUUUUAGCUUUAUGCUGGCGUAAAACCAGCUGCUCGAUCAUUAAGAUGACCAGCGAAAAAACUCCGGAACUUGUUUCAUUAAUUAUUUGAAUCGAAACGAUCGCACUGCAAGCACACAUAAAUAGUGAACUUCCGGAAUAAAAAAAAAUCGGACGAUCAGUUAUGGCUCGAUCAAAAUUACUGCGUGCAAUCAGCGUAUUUCUCAUUAUUUUUACAAUAUAUUAUUUAACUUUUCACUACUUAUCUAUUAGCCUCUCGAGUAGACCAACCAAGGCCAAAUCACCAGUUUUAUAUGUUAUCACACCGACAUACAACAGGAAGACCCAAAUGGCCGAUCUGGUCAGAUUAAAACAGACUUUGCUUAUCGUGGCUAACUGUGUUUGGAUUGUGAUUGAAGAUUCAGAUAAGACCAGUGCAAUAGUGCACAACUACAUCAAGGACUUCCCCAGAUUAAUUCACCUCUCCGAAGCAACAUCCAAAGACUGGACUUUUCGAGGGACCCAUCAACGCAAUAGAGGCCUCAAGGAAUUAUACUUAAUGCAUCUAAUGGGAGACAUUACUUCAUACGGGGCCAUAUACUUUGCCGACGAUGACAACACUUACGACGCCUCAUUCCUCGACCAGAUUAGAUGGGUGAAAAGAGUGGCCGUUUUCAACGUCGGCCUCAUCUCCGGGCAAUUAUUCGAGGGUCCGGAUGUUCGCGCGGGGAGAGUGGUGGGCUGGAAAACUGCUUGGCCCGACGACCGGGCGUUUUGCAUAGAUAUGGCUGGAUUUGUGGUCAACUUGAACUUCUUUCUUAGGAGGGGUCCCAUUGACUCUUUUUUGUUCAGAAAAACCAAAAAGGGUCACCAAGAAAGCGCAUUUUUGCAGAAUCUAGGCAUAAAAGUGGAUCAAUUGGAAAAUUUUCCAGGACCAAAUUUCAUAAAUGUUUGGCAUACCCGCACAGAGCAGCCCGAACCACUAGGAGAGCUCGCGACGUACGAGAGAAGAAAUGAUUUAUACUGGCCGUUCGAAUGAUGCUAAAAUUCGCGAAUUAACAAGCCUCCUGUUCAGACAACACGCUUUCAGAUGUCACAAUACUUUUGCUGCAAUAUAAUUCGAGUCCACAAAAUUUUUUGAGAGUGCGACGAACAGAUAUAUCCUUCAAUUUUUUUGGUGCAAAGUAUAAACUCAAAACCACUAUUUUAUUCAACCGUUCGAUUGUUUGUAUUGAAAGUUCAUCAACAGCGCCAUGUCUACAUCCAUAUCACCAACGGAUUUAGAGGAAGGUGGGCGGACGCCCCGCACUAAGGGAUCCGACUGCCUGCCGACCCAAAGGGUCCCCCCUUUGUACAAUUUUGAGAUAUCCAAUUAUGGCUUACUAACCCUAAAUUUUUUAUUAAGGCGC